AUGCCGCCUGCCUUCCAAACAAGUCAAAUCUCCUAUGAAUGCUCUCUGCCUGCCCCCUUUUCUCGUGUCAAUGUCUCAAAGAUCUUCGGCUAUGCUCUUGAUUGCUGGAUGUCACCAUACCUAGCUUGUUGCAACCCUGCCGACUAUUACGAGCCUGACAUGGCAGAAGAAUACAACUGCGACCGAGAACCGUCUCCCGAAGGAGGCGUCCAUCUAAGAACGGAGGCUCCUAUGAGUACCGACCCACACAUACGAUGUUCCGAGCCUCUUUACCCCGAUGGCGACAUUUUCGUCAUUCUGCUCAACAGCCAAAAGUCAUUCAUUGCCGGCUAUCAGUUGUCUUCUCAAGUUUGCAGAGUGGCGUCCGCAACUUUUGCCAAACUGAUCGACGCUGCCAGCACCACCCAAGAUGGAGAGAAAAUUGGCAGACUGAGCGACUGUGUAGACUCUGAAUCAGAUGCUUUCCGAUGCAUCUUCUCUGUUCUGCACCACAAGGACACUGAGACGUACAGGUAUCUGCCGGCCCAAGAUCUCCUCCAAGUCUCCAAAGUCAACUCAAUUCUGGAGUGUGACAAGGCCCUCACGCCGUGGAUUAAUUUGUGGUUUCAGGAGGCACGUCGGGAGAUCACCGAAGUCAGCCAGCAGAAGACAGAGGAUCUGGGUAUGCUGUUAAGUUCAGCAAUUGCGUUCAAGGCCGAAGCGGAGUCACGCAAGCUGAGAGAUUUUGCUGUCCACAAUCUUGCCAUCGACUUUCCCGAAAUAUGGAGGAAGAACCAGACCCUUGGUCACUUGCUAGAGAACGAAUCACUUACUAUGGAAGGCUGGAAACGCUGA